AUGGUUGUGGCAUCGGUUACCGCUACAGCCCGGUUAAAGAAGGACUAUGCAAGGCUGUUGAAGGAACCGGUGCCAUACGUACGUGCAGCACCAUUACAGGAAAAUAUCCUUGAAUGGCAUUACAUAAUAUAUGGUGCGCCGAAUACUCCGUACGACGGGGGUGUCUAUCACGGUAAAUUAGUCUUCCCAAGUGAUUUUCCCUUCAAGCCGCCAUCAAUUUAUAUGAUAACGCCAAGCGGUCGUUUCCAAGUAAACACCAGAUUAUGUUUAUCGAUUUCUGAUUUUCAUCCAGACACAUGGAAUCCGGCAUGGACGGUGUCAACAAUUAUUACUGGUCUUCUAUCUUUUAUGAAUGAUACGGCGCCCACACUAGGUAGCAUUACGUCAUCUGAUGCAGAGAAGAAAAUAUUGGCACGACGUAGUAAGGCUUUUAAUUUGAAGGUAAGUUGA